AUGGCACAGACUUCACGAGCUGCCUUUCUCACUGCACUGAGAUGCGGAGAAUAUGACAAGGUUGACUGUAUCAUCCGACACCUUCAUGUCAUCACUGGACCCUUUGAUGCAGAGAUCAUUGACGCACUGCCACGCUCUGUCAGGGUCAUUGGCAAUGUUGGCGCUGGCUAUGAUCAAAUCGACGUAGAAGCUUGUACGCGUCGCGGCAUCUACGUGACACAUACGCCUGAUGCUGUACGAGAUGCAACGGCAGAAGCCGCUGUGUUUCUUGUCCUCGGCUGUGUCCGCAAGUUUGGCGCGGGCAGCAACAAACUCUUGCGUAAUGGAUGGCUCGACGGAAUAGCUCCUGGUCGCAGCCUCUGUGCCUUGACUGUCGGUAUUCUGGGUCUUGGAAGUGUUGGGACUGCUAUUAGUGAACGUCUUGCUCCAUUUGGCUGCAAGGUCCAAUAUCACAAUCGAAAGGAAGUGAAUGGGAGCCGUCUAAAGUACAUCCCGACCAUGGAUGCCUUGCUCGCUUCGAGCGACGUUGUCAUUAUCGCAGUCCCGCUCAAUGCACAGACACGCCAUCUCAUCAAUUGCUCAGCUCUGAGCAAGAUGAAGAAAGGGAGCUGGCUCAUCAAUGUUGCUCGAGGUCCAGUAGUGCAUGAAGAAGCCUUGGUGGGUGUCCUUCGGAGUGGCCAUCUUGCUGGAGCUGGGCUGGACGUAUUUGAGCAUGAACCAACUGUGCAUCCGAUGCUAUUACAGCUCGCCAAAGAGCAGGGCAUCACGAAUGAUUGUCAAGUGGUUUUCCUACCGCAUAUGGGCACGCAUACGACAGAUGCCAUCAAGCUCAUGGAAGAGACUGCACUGAAAAACACGCUGAACGUGUACAACGGCCGCAUGACAGUGACAUUGACACCUUUUAGGAAGUGUUAA